AUGGUGAUUAUAGCGUUUGUUUUCAAUGCAAGCUCAGGAGUAUCUAUUAGAAUUCUACUAACUAUUUUAGGGGAUUUUUAGAUCAACGUUCAUCCAACUGUUUAAUAAAUUGAAUUAGGACGUGCUCUAAUUGAGAGCUUGAUGUUUUUGCUAUUUGCCAGUGUUAUAGUUGCUAGUAAUCCUGAUUUCAUAUUACUAACAAUUAGUUUUGCAUUCAUCUUAGGAACAACAACAUAUUUUACAUUGCAGAUGGCAUAUUUUAUACCUCCUUUUGAUCACUCUCUCAAAGAUUAAAGUAAUUUAGUUUUGGUGUGUGUGAUAGCUUGA